GCGGGUUUUCCCAUCGAAUAGUCGGUCGCUGUAAAAAAAAUAAGAAGCUAUUCGGCUGAAAAUAUUGAACAACUACAAUAGGAGUUGUCUGUCGACCAUGAAAAACUGGCCAUGAAACUUUUUUUCCACUGAGAACUGGAUAAGUAAAAGACUGCCCAAAAGGGACGAACGAAUUGAUUUUGAGGUGAAAGCGGGAUAAGAGAUACAAAUGGAACCAGCAGCGACUCCACCUCCUGCUUCUGCCCCAGUGGCGGCACCUGCGGCUCCAACAGCAGUGGCUCCUCCCGUCCAAGUGGCCACUCCCGCGGCAGUUACUACUGCGGCAGCGGCACCGAUUGUAGCAACACCUACUGCAGCGGCACCUCCCGUUGCAAGUGUGCCACCUGCAACAGUUACAGUGGCACCGAUUGUGACAACACCUCCUGCAGCUGCACCCCCCGUUGCAAGUGUGACACCUGCAACAGUUACUGCUCCUGCUCCCGUCGCUGCAGCUCCUGCUCCAAUUCCUGUCGCCGCUUCUCCUUCAGCCGCAGCCCCUGCUGCUGCAGCCCCAGUCGCAUCUGUGGCGCCUCCAGUUGUUGCAACACCUACACCCGUUGCAUCGUCUCCAGUUGCCGUAGCUCCUGUGACCACUGCCCAACCUGCUGCUGAAACUCCGGUUGCUGUUCCACCAACUGUUGCAGCACCAUCGACUCCUGCUGCAGCACCAUCGACUCCUGCUGCAGCACCAUCGACUCCUGCUGCAGCAACUUCAGAAGUUGCUCCAGUGAUCACUGCCCCACCAGUUGCUAUUGCUCCUGUGACAUCUGAACCAUCUGUUGCUGUUGUUGCUGUGACAGCUGAACAACCAGUUGCUGUUGCUCCUGUAAUUGCUGAACCACCCGUUGUAGUUGCUCCUGUGAUAACUGAACAACCUGUAGCUGUUGCUCCUGUGAUUACUGAACCACCAGUUGCUGUUGCUCCUGUGAUCGCUGAACCACCAGUUGCAGUUGCUGCUGCAGUCGCUGAACCACCCGUUGCAGUUGCUCCUGUGAUCGCUGAACCACCCGUUGCAGUUGCUCCUGUGAUCGCUGAACCACCCGUUGCAGUUGCUCCUGUGAUAGCUGAACAACCUGUAGCUGUUGCUCCUGUGAUAGCUGAACAGCCUAUAGCCGUUGCUCCUGUGAUCGCUGAACCAUCAGUUGCUGUUGCCCCUGUAAUCGCUGAACCACCCGUUGCAGCUGCUCCUGUGAUCGCUGAACCUCCAGUUGCAAUUCCUCCUGUGAUCGCUGAACCACAAGUUGCUCCUGUGAUUACUGAACCACCAGUUGCUGUUGCUUCUGUGACAGCUGAACCACCAGUUGCAAUUGCUCCUGUGAUAUCUGAACCACCAGUUGCAAUUGCUCUUGUAAUAGCUGAACAACCCGUAGCUGUUGCUCCUGUGAUUACUGAACCACCAGUUGCAGUUGCUCCUGUAAUCGCUGAACCACCAGCUGCAGUUGCUCCAGUGAUCACUGAACCCCCAGUUGCAGCUGCUCCAGUGAUCGCUGAAGCACAAGUUGCUGCUACUCCUGUUAUUACUGCCACACCUGCUGCUGUUGCUCCUGUGACCUCUGAAAUACCAGUUGCUGCUCCUCCUGUGAUUGCUGAAGCUGCAGUGAUUGCUGCAAUACCUGUUGCUGAAACUCUGGCGGAUAUCCCACCAACUGUUGCUACUCCCGCUGUUGCAACAUCAACACCCUCAACCGAAGUCACUGCCGCUGAUCCAGUGGUCGUUGCACCACCAACACCAUCGGAAACACCGGUCGUUGUUCCUGCUCCUGUUGUCGCCGAGACUCCGGUUGCUCCUGCUGUGAUUGCACCGCCUUCCGAGACUCAAGAAGUUGCUCCUGUAAUCACUGCUGCACCAGUUGCUGUUGCUCCUGUUAUUGCUGCACCCGCUGAGACUCCGGCUGCCACUGAUCCCAUAACUAGUGCACAGCCUGCCGUCUCUCCAGCAGAAGGAGCUUCUAUACCACCAGUUGAAUUUACCGAUGCACCAGUAGCAGUUGCAGAUCCCAUUCCUCCUGAGGCACCAGCUGCAGAAAUUUCUCUUCCAGUGGAAGCUUCAGUUGCACCAGUUCCGGAAUCACAAAUUAUCCCUGCGGAAGUAUCUCCCGAUGUAGCGGACACCACAACACCUGCUCCUGCUCAAGAAGUUGCUCCGCAGGAACCAGUUUCAGAAGUAAUACCUGAUCCGGAACCAAUAGCAGCCACUCCUGCAGAGCCCUCGCCAGUAGAGCCUGCAGCAGCGGUUCAGGAAUCAGUGAUUAUCCCAGCCGAAAUUCCAGGUUCGGUUGCAGAACCUCUUCCAGAGGUUCCCAAACCUUCUCCAGAAACAGUGCCAGAUCCUACCCCUAUUGCAGAUCCCAUAACAGACCCGGAGCCUGUGGUUUCCACUGUCACCGAACCCACUUCAGUGGCUGAAAUAACUACAGCAAAAGUCGUCGAAACCAUUAAAACUGAACCUAUCGUGGAGGCGACCAAGCCAGUAACUGAACCUUUGGUAAGUCCUGCAAAAACUGCAGUGCCUAUCCCAGAAGCGGGUGUUUCACCAGCUGAACCAGAAGUUCCAACAGUCCAGGAGAUCCCUGCAGCUGAAAUUCCAGAGACGACAACGAAACCAGUUGAGGAUGUGGUCGAACAGAUUCCUAUCGAGGAACCAGCAGCGGCUGCUGAAGAGGUAGCGAAACCUCCAGAAGUAGAUGUUGUUUCAGUCGAACCAGCUCCUGAGAUAGUUGGCGAAACUCCAGCUGCUGUCGAAGUGGUCCAAUCCUCACCAGAACCAGUGAUUUCAGAAGCGCCAGCUGUCGAAGAACCAAUUGCUGCUCAAGAAGUGCCAAUUACCGAAAAAAAACCGGUGGAAGAGGUGCUGGCAGAGGCAGUCCCUGAUCAACCAUCUCCACCACAAGAUUCUGUUCCAGUGGCAAAGAUAACUCCUUUGCUGCGGGAUCUUCAGACUACCGAUGUGUCAUUAUUGGCCAUUGCAGCCACCUUGGAUGCCAUUGGAGAGAAGCUGAAGGACCAAAAGGCCAGAAAUCAGCAAGUAAUGGAUAGACUUUGCGAAAUCGAAAAGAUUCUGGGCCCUCCGAAAUCAAAUUAGCUUUAAUGAAUAUUCAUAAAAAUCUAAUUCACAUAUAAGUUACAAAUGUCAAACUAACAAAUAUGAGAUAUUAAUAAAAAGUUUAGAAGCUUUGAAA